AAAUGAUAGAUUCUCAAACUAAUAGGACCCAAACUCUCCUGGCAAUUCCUGCAUUAUCCAGUUGCUGCAAAAUUCCAAGGAUAAAUACGCAGAGAACUCUUCCAGGAAAGGACCACAAACUCCUAACCCCAUCAAGAACCAAGCUAAUUUAUGAGAAGCUGCAGUUACUUCUACUUCUCCUAGUUACCAAUGGCAUUAUCUUCUGUUUCUUUGAGUUGGGUUUCUUCAACCUUAUCCCAAAAGUUAAACGCCCCUUGUUCAAAUGAAUUGCCUCGACCCAUUUUACUAGCUGGUAUCAACUCUGUUUCAGGCACUACAGAAGCAAACUUCAAUGAAGAAAGCAAUUGCAGGAGAAGACUGCUACUGUUGGGUGUUGGAGCUCUGGCAGCAAGUUUGCUCCCUGUAAAUCCCCUUUUUGCUGAAGAGGUACCAAAGAACUAUCGAGCUUUUUCUGACCCAAAAGAUGGAUAUUCAUAUUACUACCCCUCAGAUUGGAUAGAUUUUGAUUUCAGGGGGCAUGAUUCUGCAUUUAAGGACCGAGUCCUACAAUUGCAGAAUGUUAGAGUGAGAUUCAUACCGACUGAUAAAAAAGACAUUCAUGAUUUGGGACCGAUGGAACAGGUUAUUUCUGAUCUAGUAAAAAAUGUGUAUGCUGCGCCAAAUCAAAGGCCAACUAUAAUUGACAUGCAAGAGCGAUCAAUAGAUGGGAAAAACUAUUACACCUUUGAAUAUCAGCUUACAUCUCCAAAUUAUUCAAGUACUUCCUUUGCAACCAUAGCAAUAGGCAAUGGGAGAUAUUACACCCUGAUUGUGGGAGCAAAUGAAAGACGAUGGAAAAGAGUUCGCAACAAGCUUAAAGUGGUAGCAGACUCUUUCAAGAUGCUUGAUAUCUAAACUAGUCUAUAGACAGAACGAGAAAAACAAUGGCAUUGGUUGUAGAUACUUGGUAGAAAAGCCUCCUCAGCUGCCCUUCACCUUUCACAUCCAUUGGCAGUGAGACUAAUAUGUGUAUCUUUUGUGCUGCUAGCCAAGUACCAUGCAUUUCUUGGAAAUCACAUUACAUGGCUAGACGCUAACCUUGCUGGUGCAGUGCUUCAUUACUGCUGUCAAUAAUAACCUGCUAUGAUUUUGAUAA